CGUCUUGCCCCGAGCUUCAUAUUCUUCGUCGUCCGGCGUCCGGAUUUAAGAAGAAGGCGCUCCCGCCCGCCGCUCGCCCGCCCGCGCUCUCCGUCGGGCGACUCACAGACUCACGGACUGACUGACUGACUGACUGGCCGACAGACAGACAGGCAUCGGAUCAUUCACCUCAUCGGCGAGGCCGAUUUCUCUUGCAGACCUCGGGCUUUCGUUUCGCGGAUUGCUUCGUCGUCCUCAUCGUCGUUGCUGCCAUCGUCGCGAGGCAUGAGAUAAAGAUAAAGACGCAACAGCAGCAGCAGGAGGAGGAGGAGCAGGAGGAGGAGGAAGAGGAGGAUCGUGACGCUGUUUGGUUGCGGGCUUUCGAGGCAAGCGAAAGGAAAUUGAGCACGAGGAAAGGAAGGAAGCAGGGCAGCAGAAGCGCAGGGCGAGCGACGCACAGGACGGAGAGUGAGGCGAGGCGAGGCGAGGCGAGGAAGGUGGAGCAAGGAAGCGAAAAGUCAAGCGAGGUCGGCAUCUCAAGCCCGCGUCUGCCUCGUUGACUGCCGUUUGGAUUUUCAGUCGUUCGAGGAGGAUCGAGGCGAGGCGGCCAUCAUGACAUGGGGCGAGAAAUGGUCCGAGUGAACUUCGGCUACCAUUCAACGGACGAUCCUUUGCGCGGUAGGGGCGGUAUGGUCAUACUAGGAAGUUCUCCUUUGUGGUAGUCGAGAUUCCAUUCGUGUGGGAGGGAAUUUGCAGCCGGAAGGAGCUAGCAAUUGUUGCGAGGAUCCAGUCAGCUGUUCUCAUCAACUGGUGUGAUUUUGGCGGGCUCACUGGCGGUAUCUGAGCUUUGGAUCUUCGUUAGGUGUUCAGGGAUAAGGUAGUGGCUAGUGGACGUAUCAGAAACAGCACGUCGGUUUAUGUUUUGAUUACUCAAUCAUGUACAGCAAUUUCAAGGAGCAGGCCAUUGAGUUUGUGAGGCAAGCUGUGGCAGAGGACAAUGCCGGGAAUUAUGCCAAGGCGUUCCCCUUGUACAUGAAUGCGUUGGAGUACUUCAAAACGCAUCUCAAGUAUGAGAAGAACCCCAAAAUCAAAGAGGCGAUUACUCAGAAAUUCACUGAAUACCUGAGGAGGGCCGAAGAAAUCAGAGCCGUGCUCGAAGAGGGAGUGCCCACCGCAGGUCCGCAAGCCAGGGGUGACGCAGCUGUCGCGACCAGGGCCAGGACCAAGGGAGGAAAGGAUGGUGGUGGUGGUGGCGGCGAGGGAGGUGACGGGGAGGAUCCGGAGCAAACGAAGUUGAGGUCGGGUUUGAACUCGGCCAUCAUUCGAGAAAAGCCUAAUGUGAAAUGGAGUGAUGUUGCAGGUUUAGAAAGUGCGAAGCAAGCUUUGCAAGAAGCAGUCAUUCUGCCAGUAAAGUUUCCCCAGUUUUUUACCGGGAAAAGGAGACCUUGGAGGGCGUUCCUGCUGUAUGGACCUCCAGGAACCGGAAAGUCUUACCUGGCCAAAGCCGUGGCCACCGAAGCUGAUUCCACUUUCUUUAGCAUUUCAUCAUCCGAUUUGGUGUCCAAGUGGAUGGGAGAGAGUGAGAAGCUAGUAGCAAAUUUGUUCCAAAUGGCACGGGAGUGUGCACCGUCAAUCAUAUUUAUUGAUGAGAUAGAUUCUCUCUGCGGAACUCGUGGGGAAGGAAAUGAAAGUGAGGCAUCCCGCCGCAUCAAGACUGAGCUUCUGGUGCAAAUGCAGGGCGUGGGAAAUAACGACCAAAAGGUCCUGAUCUUAGCUGCCACGAAUACCCCGUAUUCCCUUGACCAGGCUGUGAGGAGGCGGUUUGACAAGCGUAUCUACAUCCCACUUCCAGACCAGAAAGCGAGACAGCACAUGUUCAAGGUCCACUUGGGUGACACACCUCACAAUCUGACUGAGCUUGACUUUGAGGAUCUGGCUCGGAGAACGGACGGCUAUUCAGGUUCAGAUGUUUCUGUUGCUGUGAAGGAUGUGCUCUUUGAGCCGGUGAGGAAGACGCAAGAUGCUAUGCAUUUCAGGAAGGUCCAGAUGGAAAACAAUGGGAGCAUGGAGGAAAUGUGGAUGCCUUGUGGUCCUCGUACUUCUGGAGCAGUGCAAACAACCAUGACGGAACUGGCUGCCAAGGGGCUUGGAAGUCAGAUUCUACCUCCCCCCAUAGAAAAGUCAGACUUUGAUAAGGUCAUUGCCCGACAAAGACCCACAGUAAGCAAGCAAGACUUGGAAAUUCAAGAAAGAUUCACUCGUGAAUUUGGUGAGGAGGGUUGAAGGGGAGAGGUUUGCAUCUCCCGACAGUCUUAUGUGAAAUUCUUAUGUCCGCCAGCCACACAUACACACUUGUGUACAGUCAUCAAGUACUUGCUGGCGAAUCGUUGAAACUUUCUGAGGAGAGUGAAAGUUAUUGUCAGAGACCUCUCGAAGUUGUGGUGGAAAGUGAGCUCUAGAAGCCUGGUUAUGUGUGAGCUGGCGGUAUGUGUGUACAUCGAAGAGUAAGCUGGACCUGUCCUUUAUUGUAUGCUGAGGCCUUCUCUUGAAUCUUACCAAUUAGUCGUCGAUGUAACGGCGAUUGCCUUUUGAUCACUGAUUACAUUAGCAAAUACGUAAAGUCCUGGAACCGAUUUUGCAAUGAAAAUAAAUUAAAUACUUGAUCCUGUUCGAUGCUCAGAUUCUAGGUUCUUAAGUAGAAUGAUGCAGGUGGUGAACUGGGAAUGAGCCAAGCUUCCUUGCUAGCACGCUAGUGUACAUAUGGAAAGCCUUUUAGUCAACUGGAGUACAGCCUGAGUGGAUUUGAAUGCAAAACCUCUCACCAAAAUUUCUUAUUCGUGAGUCCAUGUCAGAAAUUUGCGUUUAAAAUUGGUUGAGAUGUUCGCCUGUUGUUAUGCUGGUCCCAGGACCCUGUUGAGUCCCGUUGGACUCAAAAUUUGAUUUAUUCAUUUGAUAUUGGUGUGGAACCUCCUAUGACUACUACAUGAGAAUCGACAUUGGAGUUUUCUUGCUUGUUUUUAACUGUGUAUUUUAACAUUGUUUUACAGCCUUAGAACAAGACCUGAUCAACAAAAAACUUGCCAAUCAUCUUUGAUCAACUAAAUUGUGCUCAACGUAUUGGGUCAAAAUUUUAUAUGUUACU